UGUACAAUUGCAAAGUUUUUAAUUGGUUUUUAAACGGAUUAACUACAUGUUACUAAUAUAAAUAAAUAUUUGUAGUAAUCCUUAAAACAAAGUUAAUACUUUUUUAAAUCGACCAAUGAAAGACUUCAGAUUUAAAAACUUGAAAAUCGCGUAACAACAACUGUCAUAAUAUCCGGUUAGCGUUGUUUGUGUUUGUUUGGGCGUUCUUGGAAUUUGCUUACUUGGGAAAUGGCACAUAUUAAUUUUGUAAUACCAGCAAAUAAAGCGGAACUUUUAAGAGAUUGUAACAAUUAUUACGUAAGAGACGUCGUCGUACCCCAAGAUGUAGUAAAUCAAUUAAAAAAUACCGCAAUAGCGUUACGGGAGGAAGGUGCUGAGUUUAUUAUAAACGCAUUUGACGUGUACUAUUCGGUAUUAUAUCAUGGAGAUGUUCUUCGAAUGGACACUAUCUACAAAGCUUACGAAGAUUUACACAAAGCCUGUGUAGAGCUGAAUAAAGCUUUGGGUUUCAUUCUCGAAGACAAAGAAAGCCUAAAUGACGAAUUGAGAAUGAAAUUCCUCACUAUCCUCAAAAUGUCAGUGUACAUUUACACUCAGAUCGUUCUCCUGAUUGAACAUAAGCACGAAGUGAAGAACCAAGUACUGGUAAAAUCGAGGAAGAAAAGCGCUAGAGAUGAAGAUGAACGGUUCAGCGUAAACAAGAAAGACGUGCUUCUAGUCCUCAACAACAUUAUCCAAAGGGAAAUAAGUUUGUUUUGGGACCCUCCGAUAGUGGAAGAGAAUUUCAUGAACUUGGUGUCGGAGGUGUGUUACAGAUUCUUGCAAAAUCCGUCUAUAAAGGCCGAAAAGGAGGUAAGAAUGGAAAUAUUCAGCCUGUUAGGGUUCCUCAUCAAGAAUUACAGUCACGGCACCGCUUUCGUCAUUCGAAUGGUGCAACUCAUUAAAAUGCACGAGCACCUGGUUCACUGUACUCCGGAAGGCAUACAGCAGUUGGUGCAGAAUUUUAAUUGUAGGGGCGUUGUGCACGAUCUUAUAAGGGAGAUCACAGAGUGGCAGACUGACGAGAAGUACCAGGAUAGCCAGGGGGCGCGAUACUGCGCUAACGCUCUGUCCUCGAUGGCCGUUCUGAUGCCGGAUCUGAUGAUUCCGGAAGUGUUGUAUUUGAAUACAUAUCUUGGACAUGAGUCCGCCACGCUGCGGAACUCCAUACUAACCGUGAUCACGGAAAUAAUCAUAAACGUUCUGACCAACCACGACCUGACCGACGACCAGCGCGAGUCUCGAGACGACUUCCUGGCGAUCUUAAUGGAACAUAUCGAGGACAUAUCUGCGGUGGUCAGAGCGAAGGUCAUCCAACACUGGGCCAGACUUCAGAAGGAGUCGGCCAUACCUCUGAAAACUCAGCGGCUCAUCUUGGAGAAGAUUACCGAACGUCUCACCGAUAAAGGGGCGUUGGUCAGGAAGAACGCCGCCAACUGUGUGACGACUUUUUUGACCUACAACGCCUACAGCGCAAACUUAUCGUUAGAAGUUAUGCAGGGGCAGUUGGAGAAGGAUCGGAAAGUUUUGGACUCCAUGAAAGUCGAGUUCGAGGAUUUGAAAACGAAAAAGUUGGAGGAGAUCCAAGGACAGUGGAACUCGAUAAAAGAUAAGCUCAAAGUUGCCAUCGAGGAGGAACUCAAGAACGAGAACGGGUGGUCGAAAGUUCCUCAUAUAUGGAACAAUCGCAAAUCCUUGAAGUUGACUAAAUUUGCUUGGUUGAGCCCGUGGAAGGCGUUAAAUUUGGGAAUAAUUUUAUCGUUAGAAGUUAUGCAGGGGCAGUUGGAGAAGGAUCGGAAAGUUUUGGACUCCAUGAAAGUCGAGUUCGAGGAUUUGAAAACGAAAAAGUUGGAGGAGAUCCAAGGACAGUGGAACUCGAUAAAAGAUAAGCUCAAAGUUGCCAUCGAGGAGGAACUCAAGAACGAGAACGAAUCCUCAGCGGAAGGCUCUCAUGAACAGGACGUUGAGGAGCAGCAAGACAAUCGUUUAACAUGGGAUCAGAUGACGGAAAUACUGAAAAUGUAUUUAACGGAAGGAAAAUACAAGGAGGCGUUCAGGCUCUGCAAGAAGUCCGGUAGGGACCAGGAGGAAUUCCGACUGUUGGGGGAAAACAACGCCAUGGAGGAAUCGGAGAUGUACCUCCUGGUGUUCCACUUGGUAUUCUUCGACAUCAACAAGCUGGUGGAGGAGAUGAGGGCGGGCGGCACCGUCAAGAUGACCGAGGAGGACUUCAAGAGGAUGGAGGCGAUGGAGACGCACGUUGACUUCCUGGAGGACUGCGUGGGUUUCCUGAGGCUGAUCGACAAUGCCAUUCCCAUCAUGAUCGAGCUGUUGGAGACCACCACCAUCGGGGACAUGCACGAGGCCGUGGAGUUCUUCACGUCCGCCUAUCAGUUUAGCAUCGAUAAUUCCAUGCGGGGAAUCUUGGCGAUGCUGAAGAUCAUGCAGCGCAACGAGCAGGAGCGCAGGGACUGCAUCAUCAACGCCUUCAAGACGAUUUACCUGAACACCGAUUGCACUAACACAGAGGAGCACUGCCUGACGAUAGUCUGUCGCCUGAUACGGCUCGUCAAGACGGUUCCCCUCAACAACAUCGACGACUUCCAACUAAUCAUAUCCGAGUGGACGGCCAAGGGCAUCCUCGACAACAGCAUCAUCGACAUGUUCUGGCAGUACUUCACGCAGAAGAUCAGCUGCACCGAGGGGGACUCGCACGCCGCCACGAAACUGCUGCGCAUGUGCGCCCUCGGCCGUAAGACCAUCGUCACGCGGAACAUCAAGCUGGUGGCGACGGUGGCUUUCGGGGAGCGAGGCACGCGCGACAUGCAGUUCCUGGGUAGCGCUUGCGAGUUGCUGUCGGUCGCCGGCAGGGAGAAGAUCGAUAUUACCAGCAAGAACCCGCCCUACAAGAUAAAGCCGGGCGAUGAGAUAUUCGGUAGUCUGUUGGAGAUACUGGGGAAGAAGUUCUUCGAGCCGGUGGAGUACUACAACAAGGCGUUGUUCGGGGGAAUAGAUUUCAUUUACAAGUUGUGUUCGAAACCCGAAAUCCUGUGCGAGACCCUCAUAACGAAAAUUAUAAACGAGCUGGCCAAGGACCUGGCUGAAACGGAAGACAAGAUGGUGGACAGCUUCAUCAUAAUCAGGGUGUGCCAGCUCCUGGGGUUCGUCGCGAUCAAACAGCUCGAGUACCUCGACGAGACUGUCUACAAGGAACUGAAGAGGAGGAACAACAUCAGGGAGGAGCGGAAGGAGUCCAAAUUAACGAACUGCGGCGGCAGGAAAUGUAGGAAGAAAAAAUCUAUAAUUUCCGCCUCAACGGCAAGCGAGUCGUUGAUGAAUUCUUCUGUCAUAGAAGAUAGUACUUUGGAUGGGGCUCAAGCCGAGGACACGGACGCGGAGUUCAUACUGAACGUGUUGGAAAACGACGUAGUCACGGGUUCCGGGGGUUUGGGGAAGUUAGCGUACAUCAUUAAGGGCAUAUGCGAGCGGCCCAACAUUUACGAUGACGUUAUGGUACAAGGGACUGCGGUGAUUGCUCUGAUCAGAUACAUGUUGGUGUCCAGCAAGUUCUGUGCCCAGAACAUUCAGCUGUUGUUCACGAUUUUCGAGAAAACGUCGCACCCCGAAGUAAAAUGUUCCAUCCUAGUCCACUUGUCGGACCUGUUGACUAGAUUCCCCAACAUAAUCGAACCUUGGUCGCCCAGGAUAUACCUAGGGCUGAACGACCCUUCAGACUCGAUACGUAAAGCGACGUUCUUCACCCUGUCGAAUCUGAUACUGCGCGACAUGAUCAGGUCACACAGUCAUAUCGCGGAGAUGGUCACUUGCCUGGUGGACGACGACGCGGAACUGAGCGGGAUGUGCAAGACCUUCUUCCUCACCCUGUCCCGCAAGGAGAAUAAUCUGUAUAACGUUCUGCCGGAUAUAUUCUCGCACCUCAUGGAGAUGGGUUCUGCCUCCGAGGACAACACCAGGGAUAUAAUGAAGUUCCUGUUCGACUUGAUGGACAAGUCAAAGCACAUGGACAGCCUCGUGGACAGGUUCUGCUGCAAAUUCAGGCUGACGGAGGUCCUGCGCCACCAAAGGAACAUCGCGUACUGCCUCACCCUCAUCCAAUACAACGAGAAGGCUUUGAGGAGACUCAAGGAGAACUUCCCGUUCUACAAGCACCUGGUGCACGACGCGGAGAUCUACGCCAUGUUCAAGAACAUCAUGCAGAACUGCAACAAGACGCAAGUGGGAAAGGCCGAUCUCAAGCCGAUGGUAGCAGAACUGGAGAAGACGAUAAACUCGGUGUUCGAGGUUAAUGAAGACGGUAACAUGAUGAAACCUCCACCGGUGCCCACGGCACGUAAAAAGAACGGCAAGGGUUCUAAAAAGCAGGCUAAACGGAAACACAACAGUAACAGCGACGAGGAAGAUUCCGGGCAAGAGGAUCACUCUGAGAUGCCGUUGAGAGAGUCGAACAGGGCCCGCAGGAAAAGGGUGCUGGAGGAAUCGGACUCGGAUUAGUACAAAAGUUGUUUUUUAUUCUCGGGUUCUAAUAGUCGUUUAUAUGUUAACAGAUAUUUUAUAUAUUCUUGUACAGCAAUAUCUUUUAUUCAAAAUAAAUUGAUUUUAUAGAUA